CGUGUCUUGCAUAAUUUGACAAUUGGCGUGUGCCUUAAAAGCUGGGAUUUUCGCCUUUUCUUGUCUUCGCCUUUUCUUGUCUUCCAAUGACCCUUUCGCACUCACUCUUGCUUACUCGUUCUCACGCCAUUUCCACAUCGACAGCCUCAAUCACACACCCAUAUGAAAGUCUCCAACAUCCCUGAAGGACAGCACUGGCAGGCCUUUCGCACAAGCUCAUCGCCUGAGGUGCUCACCAUCGAAGUACGGCGCGAUAAAACCGGUCAACUCAUCAUCCUCUGGAAGGAUAUCCAGCGAGUCUUCAAGGAUGCCGAAUACAUCAAGCACGACUCGGCAGCCGUCUCGUUUUUGGUUGACGACGAUUUCGAAGACAUCAUCCCUUUAAGGAUCGGACACUAUCCCAAUGUGGUUCUUGAGGUCGUCUUAGCGCAGCCGAGUCAUGCCAAUGGAUACCCUGUCGAUAUAGCUCGAAGUGCUAUGCUUUAUGAGACCCCUAUCUCAGAACCAGCCAACGAAUCUGGAGUGUCUUCACUCCCACCUAAUUAUGUCCAGGCAACAACUACCUCUCAUAUGUUGUCCGUGCACGAUAACGAUUCCAAUUUUCCUAUCUUCAGCGCCGUUUGGGGACCCGAACUCGCCGCGGGGUCUGUUCAAGUUGGCGACAGCAGCCCUGUAGGCAACACAAGUGUAUCUGCUGCUGAGGCCGUUCGGCCAACAGCCAAUGGUCUCUCUAGCGCCGAAACCAGUCAGCCUGUUACAGAAACAACUCCACCAACCUCUACACUCAAUUCGCUUGCUUUUGACACCAGCCAGCACGUCGUCGAUACUGUUCAGCCUAUCACCAGCGAGACCUUUGAUAUUGACGGCUAUGAUGAGCCCGUUAGUACUGCAGAUCUAAUUGCGCGCCAAUCUUUUCGGCAUUACCAACAGCUUUUCAGAUCCUUUUCGCAGGCCAUCAUACUUGACUGCAAGCUCGAGGCGGAGCGGAUCAAACGUGUCAUGACACAACUCUCUGACAGCUUGAAUGAGGAGAGGACGCGCAAUAGCCCACUUCACGCAAAGCUGUGUCAUAUGGAACUGGAGAUGCGUCAACUGGAGCAGGAGUCGUUCGAUCGAUUGACCGCUAUCCAGACACGGACCCGGGCAGCUCUGGUUCGAACGUUCGAGCUCCAGGAGUGCCCGACCCCGAGACUAUUCAUCGUACUGCCAAGGACCCUGAGAUAUCGCGAUGGACCGCUUAAGCCCUCGACAGACGAAUUUCGACUCUACUUUCUAUGCGAGUGCGGUUCACACAGCAAGUCGCAGAAUACCACGAUACCCCACAGGAUUCAUCUCGCGAAGCACGAUGGAUACGAUCUGGAGCAUUCGGAGGAGUUCUUUGACAAGUACAGCUCCUACGUUUUGACCGUAGUACAGAUGGUCAAGUACGGAAUUAUGAUCGACGGUGCCAUGGUUCCGCCUGUGGCGCAAUUCGAGGUCGCGAAGGACGCGGGAUCUGUUCGGAGUCACCUUCAAUUUGUGAAAAAGAAUCUGCGUUCUUUGGUGGAUGCGACAAUCAGCUUCAUUCAAAAAUUGCAGCGUGAUUCAUAUGGCGGCAAGGAUGUUGCUGGGCAGGAAGUGUUAGACGGAGCAGAUCUGCGACAAGUAGAGUCGUAUCUAAAGGUCGAUGGCCAAGAUCGCGUACUCGGCAACUUGUACCGAGUCAUCACUCCUAAGGAGCACGUCAAGCAUGUAUGUGACGAUCACUAUCGCGAAAACCUUCUGAGAUCGCCGACGAAGGGCCUAGAAGGUUUCAUCCAGGCCAACGGUGGUACAUAUAUCGAGGAGCUGGAUAAGGUAAUCAUUUCUAUUGAGACAAGGAGCUUGGCGAACCGAUUCUAUGAUGCCAUAUCUACUGGAUCCCGGAUUCAAGAACUGGAAAUCUCCUUAGACUGGAUCGUCCGAGAACGGGAUGUUGAGAAUUUUGUGAGAGCCGUCAGCAAGGCCAACAUUCUCCAGUUGGUUUUGCAUGGACGUCCUCUCAUCAUAGGGGAUGCUGAGCCUUUGAUGUUUUGGUUUGACACGAUUGCGCAGGCGAUGUCUGACGAGGGCAUUCGAGUCAAAAAAAGCAAGAACAUUGACUUUUGGUCGGCUGUGAUCAGUACCGGUGGAGAGCUAGAGGGCACAGUAACUCGAUGGCUGAACACCCGUCUCGACAGGUCAUUUGAAAAGGUGGCCAUGGUAUUUCGGUCUCUUAAAAGCUUAAUAAUACGUAGGGAGCAUUACUCGAUACGCACGACUUUCUCCGAGGGCAGAAUCGGUCGCAUGGAAGCCGAUUUUUCAUCCUUUGACUUUAUCCUCGAGGACGAUUGGGAGCUCCUUCAGCAGGGCUAUCUGUCCAGAGUAAGCCUCAAGCAAGUUCUGUUAAAGGACAAGAGUCGACUGCACGCUAUCUUGGAAAGCAACCCCAAGCUCUCCCAUGUACGGAUCGGAUGCCAUGGCGGACACUUGCUUGACUUCGUGCAGCUAAUAAUCUCAUAUAGAGAAAUGGCUCUCUCUAAAGGGAGCUUUUCGGGGUUGCGUAUGGUCGAAUUAUUACGAAGUGACGAGACCUACGAUAUUGCGGCAGUGACGAUUAUGUAUUCGAGUACUUCGACAUGGCCCAUUGUAUCCUUCUCAGUCGUCAAGAAACACCUAACAAGUCGAUACAACACGGUACCCUACGAUGUACUUUCCACAUUCAAAGGACGGUUCAUCAAGACCCUAAAAACCAGAUCAAAGCUCACCCAAAAUCUCACUCUGCAGCUCGAUGGGUCCGACAGCGGACAGGAGUGAUGUUUUUGCCCAUGGUCUAGCUUCUUUUACGCGACUUUUUCACGCGUUUCUCGAAGGACUGACACAGGUCGCAUCGUAUUUAUGCUUUCCACCGCGCUUAAGUGUGUCUCGCUCUUAAUAAACUAUGUACAUAUAUUGCACCCAU